UUGCGCCACCUACAAUCACCCGUCGUCUGCGUGCGUUUAUUGUUUUGUCUGUCUUGUGGUGAGUCGUCUCUUUCGCAGGUGCAAUUUUCUCAGUUCUCAGGCCGUGCGGGUGAACUUAAGAGUGGGCGUCUCUGGUAUUUGCUUUACAUGCAAGAUUAUCUUACGCGGGUCACUAUUCCACCUCACCACAAGCGACUAUACUGUUUCAAAACGUUACAUGACCAACGCGCGUGAACUAUGCAAGUGUGACGAAAACAAACAUGUGGUGUUUGCAGUGCAACGACACAUGUGUCGGAUGUCUACCCACCACCACAGGUGAACCCUAAUGGAUCUGAGAGAUUCGGAAUAUAGACCGCUAUUCGGCGGCCCCGUCGACAGGCCGCUGUUUGGAGGAUCCAAUGGUCGGGAACGAACCAUCCACAUGACAUUGGGGAUAGUCACGACUCUACUGGUGACUAUUACCCUCAUCCUAGCCUUCUUUUAUUCCGUCAAUCCGCCCUGUGGAAGGCACAUAUAUUUUGCCCUCUGCAUUGUGGCCUUAUGUGUCUCUCAUAUUGUAUUGAUUCACUGGUACCGACAAGGUGACGUCGACCCCAAGUUUAGGAAGCUAAUAUAUAUGAAUACUGUGGUAAUCCUUCUAUUCUGCAUAUCUGCACUGACGUACUUCGUUGAACGAUGCUGACGUGUUGUGGCAUUGUCGUUUAGUGACACCCUCGUGACCUUAUCUGUAUUAUUCCAUCUUUACUAGUUUCCUCUCGUUUGCGGGUCACGGGGAAUUUUGAUAUUCAGUUGUUACAGUUGUGUGUUGCAGUGGACCCGUCCAUAAAACCGGGAGCUGUUCUUCCUGCGCUCGCAUAAAUCAUCACUAUCAUAGCCUCAUAAAUCAAUUUUUACUUCGAACGCGACGCGCAAUUUAUUGGGCCGUUAUGGAGCGCAUUGGCAUUGUCACGGGGAUGCGCAGGAAGUAGUGGACCACGUGGCACUAUCGUUAAAACUAUGCUUAAUUUAAUGAAGUGGAUGACAGUCGAGUUGCUGCUCUUUUUUACGGUUUGAAAUUCGAUGUGAAGGACCUUUGUUAUCUAACCGAUUUUAUAUUUCCAACUUGCAUUGUGUGCAUGUGCUGGGACCACCAGACAACAAAUGAGAGAAGUAUUUUUUCUCAUUUUUUUCUAAACAUUAUAGACCUAGAGGCAAUCUUGGAUGCAGAGCUUGCAACGCUUCCCGUAUCGUACCAACCAAAUUAAAAUUCAAACUUUAUUUAACUGUUAGCCAGAUUUUUCUUGUGUCAAUUUUGUUCCUCUACAAUCUCGGUGCCCCUGGUGAAAUGUUUGAUAACUACCCCCCCCCCCCCCCCAAAAAAAAAAGAAGUGCAGGCUCUGUGUUCAACUGCACAUAUCUAAAAAUCUGAUAGCCUUGCAGGUAUUUGUAAAAAUUAUUUUGCUACACUUGUAACCAACGCGGUUUAGCACUGUUUACAUAAAGUACGGCCAUUAAUAAUACUAUCAUGUAGUUAGUAAUAAUGCGGCUGUUUUUGUGCAUUAUUUUCACAAAGUGUACAUAAGUAUAGGUAGUAUUGGUCCAAGAAACAUUCCUGAAUGUGUGAUAUGCUGGGCGAAUUCCGCGGGGCAGCAUGUGACGAUUUUGCAAGAGAUUUUGCACCAUCACGUUGAGAGUGUUCAGGCUGGGGUAACCUGUCACAUGUUGUUAAUGUGCAAAGUUCUUGCAGUUUGGAAUAAUGGAGAUACGGGAAUUGGGAAUAUGGGAAUACAGGAAUAAUGGAUAUUGGAAUAAUGAAAAAUAUGGAAGAAAUGGGGUUAUGCUGGUGAACACCACUCUCUGCCUCGGUGCGUAACAAUGACUGGAGGUUACGGUGGAAGCCCCUGCAUAGACAUUUAUAAAAACGAUCCUGCACUUGACCUACAAUCCUGUUGUAGAAGCAAGUUUUAGUGGUGUAAAGCCUGUGUAACGGAAGGUCACUUUCAAAGUGUCACUGAGAAAAGUGGGUUCGUACACUUCACGGAAGUAGUUGUUUGUACGAACCUUUCCUAAUCUGCGGGUUUCCUCAUAUGAGAAAAGCAAUAUUUAAACCUAUAAGCUACGUACCCUCACUGUUGCACUGAAAGCUUCGUAUGGACCGCUCAGGUCCAUAGGUAGGAGGCAGAGAUCCUCCGGUAUGGAGCUCGUUCUUGACGGGAACAGAUAUAUCUACGCAUUUGGAGUUGAGAUUUCCUGGGUGUAGGCUCAGGAAACCAUUUCUUGACUUGCAAUUCCAACUGCUAACCGAACAUAUAUGUGUCUCUGUAAGCUUACCUUAUCCUUAAUUGGGAGAUUGUCGCUCAGUGUGUUAUUUUAUGGUCAAUCUUGCCAUGGUACGUGGAAGGAGAGGUGCCCCACCUGAGGCGGCUUGUGAGUAGUCUUUAUUGUAAGGGUCCCAUUAGGACAUUCAAGAGAAAUGGAUAACGUUACACCUGUUUCUGUGGUUGCCUCGUUCUGAACGAGCUGUGAACUGCCCUGAGCCUAGGGAAUUACUCCAUAAAAAAGGGUGAACUGUGAAAUUAUGUUCUGUUCUGGGCAGCUUAGUUCAGCUCCCAAACUCACGUGAACGAAGCUUUGACAACGAGUUUCGCAAGUUUCACGAGAGAUCGUACACGGUACAAAUUUUAUUCACUGGAAGGCGUACUGCUGACGUAUUUUGUUACAGCAGUGUCGCACAUCAUGCCGACAUGGUGUGCUCUACCAUGUGCUAGACAUUUGUGUGUCGUUAUUGUAUAUUAAAAAUGAUUUCCAUAUUAAUAGGUGCACAUCUUCCUGUUGCUGUGAAGCAAGGCGUGAUCGGAGGGGGAUGUGUUGAAAUUAUGAUAAAUUAGGAAUUUGUUCUCACUUCAGUGCCUUCUUCUAAUUUAGUGCCUGUACACUAAGCGCAGCAUGUUAUGUGGCACACGUAAUGCAUCGAUAUAUGUACCCCUAACCUAUAAAUAAAUCUCUAGAGAUGAGAGGGUCACGGC